AACAUUGCCUGAUUCUUGCAGAAGGAAGUAGCACCACCAGUAGCCACCAAACCUGUCCCUUCUCGGACAAAUAGAUUUGAAGGUCAGGUUUCAUUUCAGGUAGCUACUCUUUUGGUUUGGUGCCGGACUACAUCUUUUGAACAUUGUGCCCAUGUUUCCUUACAGGUAUGCCACAGAAAGACCCGUGUCAAAAGCAAGCAUGUGCUAUUCAAACGUGUUUACAAGGUAACAAAUACGUGGAGAGUAUGUGUGAGGAUGUGAUCAGGGAGAUGCGGCGCUGCUGUGAAACACAUGUUGGGAACUCCAUCUGUUGCUCCGGGUUUAAGGACUCCAAACCCUCCGAGAACAAGAGCAACACAUGAGGAUGCUUGCUGAGACAUCUUUUUUUUUUUUCCCUGACAAAAUGUAUCAAAAUGUUAAUUUGCCGUGCCAUUACAGAACGGCACAAAGUACCAUGGUCUCUGAAGCUUUCACUACAGUAGGCCAAUAUUAAGUAUAUGAAGAGUUACGACAUAGUGUCAAACAGAGGCUAUACUAAAAUGUAAGAUCUGGAAUAGGGUAUCGUUUCAAGGGAGUUUCUCUGAAGUGGUUUUAGUGUUAUUUGAUAUCAGAUCCACACCCUGUUAUCAAGUAUGUGGCACAUGUUGCAUGUCAUCACUGAGAAACUGAAAUGUAUAUUACUGUGGUUAAAGGUCCUGCACAACACAUGGGCAACUGAUUUAUUUCUUAAUCAUUAUUUUACUUACAGAAUAUUAUUGCCCUUCACACCUCAACAGAUCUUAUGAAGAGCUUGCAUCAGACAGAGGCAGGUGUAAUUAACAGGAAAACAUUCUAGGCAUGGCAACUGUAUAGUUCAUAUUCUCUCUGGAUGGACAUUCAAUAAAGUAUUUUCCAUGGCUGAGAAGACCAUGUCCAUGA